UGUAUAUAUUUUGUUCAGUUAACCGCACUGGUCAAGUUGAUAGCCCUUUUGUACGGCGGAUUGCAUGAUAAGGUCUUAAUCGACAUAAAUUUUAGGUACUGUCAGUGAGCACCUAAACGUUUGUUUUCUCAUCAUAAACCAUUGGAUGACAAAUAUUCAUCCUUCAUGCUGCCAUAUCAGGUCACACGCUUUUCGUAAUGCAACAGGCGCCUGGAUUUGAGAGACGUCCAAGGUCCUGGUACAGAGAACGUCCGAGACCGCGGAGGCUGAGACGGCCUUGGAAGUCUGUGCUUGAGGGUGUCAACUGGACGCUAUUGGUGCACUUUUACGAAGCUAUGCCAUUAUGGGACAGGAAGGUGUUAAUGGAAUUGUCUUCAAGUUUUUGCCCAUCUCUUGCAUUCAGUCAGAUUCGAGAGAAAUGGAUGCGGCUGUGACGCUGGCCCAGGAGGGCGACAGCGUGACGUACGUCACGAGCGAGCCUCUGGAGGCGUUGCCGCCGCCCGUGCACGGCAUGCCCCUGCCGGCAGCUGACUCCAUGCACCGCGUCCGCUUCGUAUACCUGCCGAGCGUGCUGGAGGUGGUGGACUACCUCUCCUCGCUCCACCUGUCGGCCCGGCUGCCGGAUGCGCUGCUGGUCGACGCGCCCUGCCUGCUGGAGAUGGGGCACGAGUGCCUCCGGCUGAGGCAUGUCACGGUGACGCCCUGA